AGCAGCAGCAGGCUGUCCCGGAGUAACCUGAGCCUGUGACAAAGCUCAGCGCCGCACGGUCACUCUCUCCUCCCGCACACACCUCAGCAGCAGCAAUGUGACGGGGCAGCGGGCCGCCUCCAUGUCCCCCCACACCCGCCGUCCCGCCUCCCUCACACCCGCCGUCCCGCCUCCGGGCCGGGAGCGAGCGCAGUGUGUUGCUCGGUGUGUCAGUCAGUCACACGGGCUGAGGGUAUGAGGGGACACCAGCGCUGACUCCCGUAUCUCCCGCUCCCCCGCGGGUGUCCCCCGGCAGCCAUGGCCAUCGCCCACAUCGCCACCGAGUACGUCUUCUCCGACUUCCUGCUGAAGGACCCGCCGGAGUCCAAGUACAAGGGGCUGCGGCUGGAGCUGGCUGUGGACAAGAUCGUGUCCUGCAUCGCUGUCGGGCUGCCCCUGCUGCUCAUCUCGCUGGCCUUCGCCCAGGAGAUCUCCAUGGGUGCCCAAAUCAGCUGCUUCGCCCCCACCAGCUUCUCAUGGAGACAGGCCGCCUACGUGGACUCUUUCUGUUGGGCAGCCGUCCAGCAGAACCACCUAUCACACAGCGACUCCGGGAAUAUUCCCCUCUGGCUGCACAAGUUCUUCCCAUACAUUCUGCUGCUGGUGGCGAUACUGCUCUACCUGCCGUCCUUGUUCUGGAGAUUCACGGCUGCCCCCCAUCUCAGCUCAGACCUGAAGUUUAUAAUGGAAGAGCUAGACAAAGCUUAUAACCGAGCCAUCAAAGCUAAAAACGGUUUAAGCAGCAACAAGAAGGACGGCACCAGCUCCCCGACAGCGAAGGACAACCUGGCACCGAGCACGUGGGAUCCUUCAGAAAGCCCCUUCAAAUACCCGUUCGUGGAACAGUAUCUCAAGACCAAGCGGAGCUCUUUAAAUCUGAUUAUCAAGUACCUCAUCUGCCGGUCUCUGACACUGGUGAUUAUGUUCCUGACUUCUAUCUACCUCGGUUAUUACAUAAGCUUCUUCUCCCUCACAGACGAGUUUAGCUGCAACAUCCGCACCGGCAUCUUGAAGAAUGACACCACACUGCCGCCCUUGAUACAGUGCAAGCUGAUAGCGGUGGGGGUGUUUCGGCUGCUCAGUUAUAUAAACCUGAUUGUCUAUUCUUUGGUCAUGCCCUUUGUGGUCUACACCAUGCUGGUCCCUUUUAGGAAAAGGUCCAACGUCCUGAAGGUUUAUGAACUGCUCCCCACGUUUAGCGUCCACCAGUGCCCCUCGAAAAACUACGACGACCUGAGCCUCUUUCUUCUGUUUCUGGAAGAGAACGUUAGCGAGCUGAAGUCCUACAAAUUUCUCAAGGUACUAGAGAACCUUAAAGGCACGGGGGAAGAUUUCGACACCAUGCAGCUCUUAACGUCGCUAGGAACGGUGAAGACCGACAUGGUGGACGGGAAGCAAACAGCGUUUAAAACUGGUGUACAGCCCCCGGCGACAAAGAAUUGCACUGAGCUUAAAGAUCUGUCCACGGGGGAUGGAGUAAAGACCACCACAGAAGACAAGAACGUGAGGCAGAGACUCUUGGAUUCGUCUUGCUAGGCAGCGCAUCCAGCCUCCUAUUGUUUACCACAGCCACGUCUGAGGCAGAACCAUUGGUAGUAUUCACUGGAUGAUCCGGCACCUGAAUAUACUUUGUGCAGCGUGCCGGAGCAUUUUACUCAGGUUUUGGUCGCAGUUCCAUUUCUUUGAUUGGCCGCUGUCGGUCCAGGACUUUUAUAGUUGGCUGAAAUCCUAAGCUUACCCUCGAACUAGCGACAAUGUUAUGUCUGACAAAUGAGCACUUUCGUGUAGCCAAUAUGAAUCAAGAGAACAGGCCAACCUGUUUUAUCCUAAUAACAGCGACUUGAAUUAAAUAAUUAUAAGUCACCGAAUUGUACAAACAAAAAACUGGCAAUACUUUUUGUAAUGUGGCAAAACUGUAUAAUAAUUACAUUUGGGUUUUUUUUAGAAUGUGUUACUUAAAUUUGUCUUCAGUUACUUUGAUUUAAAAAAAAAAAAUAGAAAAAAAAACCUGCCGCAUUACUGUACAUUGUUUUUUCCCCUUGAAUCAUCCCUUAUAUGCACUUAAGCUAUAUUUAAUAUUGUCUUUAUUUAGCCAUUCGAAUGGAUUUUGUAAGUAAAGGUGUUUUCACCUUCAGAUAACUUUAUUGGCUUGUGCAGGGUGUACACUUGUACACCCUGCAGCUUUUACUAAAUAUGGUUCCUUUUUUAUUUUGCCCUCCCCUGGGAUGCAUCUUGGCAUUGCCAGGUUCUGUGAUAAAGCUGAGCCUAGAGAGCAGCUAUGUGUUGUUCCCUAGGGCAAUAGAUAUCAACAGCUCUGCCUUAUGGUAAAAUACAUGCCUAAUAAGUGCAGAAGAUAAUUAAGAUCAAAGCAUUUAGUAAAAGCCAAUUGAAGGCUCAAUAUCACUUGAAUCACCAUUGCCUCAGGGGAUCCUCAGGGAAUUUGUUCCCCGCCCUGUAAUUGCGCCCGACAGAGGAACGGGCUUUCAUACUAAGAUUUAAAGAUGUUAGUGGUGUUUCCUCGUUGCAGUUUUUUUUAUUAUUAUGUAAUAGGAAUGUCCAUCAAACCAAUAAUAUACUUUUAAAAUGUUUUGAUUGUUGAAAUAUGUUUUUUUUAAAUGACAUUGUUUACAAACCCUUUACUAUUUCUGCAAUAAUAGACUUUAUUGACUGCAUUAUGGACACUAGGAAGCUCCUGGCGACUCAUUUGUGGUGCCUCACUGACAAUGCGACGCGGUGUAUGAACAAAGUUUGAUGAUCAUUGGAAACCGCAACCCGCAGGAGACUGAGGCACGAGUCUCUCUGAUGCACUAAGUGUGCAUUGAUAUGGAUUAGGUGGACAUCCCAUUGUUACCAACAUAUGUAACCGAAGAAAAAUACGGCUUUCACACACUACUUGAGGAGACUUCAUAAUUGCAAAUGUUCUAGCCUUUAAAUUAAGUAAGCAGUAUAUUCUUAUCGCCUGCUUGGUGUGGAGAGCUGAUUGCAUGAGGUGUUUUCACGCUAGGAUUGUGUGAUGAGGACACGUGGUGCUGUUUUGCAGGUGGAUUCCCAUUCAGCUCUGGUCUGUGAAUAAUUUUCUGGGUUACUGAACAGGGGAACUCUUAUCAGUCACUGAUGUUUUUGUACAACAGUUAUGGUAGCUUGGUUUUCCUUAAAUGCGAUAUUAGUGUGACUUCUAAUUGAUUAAUGUAAUGUCUGCUAUAGUCUGAGUCUUGCUCUUACAUCUGUAGUCACUGCUGUUCACAAGUCCUAUAGCCGCAAUUCUAACUGCAGCCAAAAGUAGUAUUUUUUUCAUCUAUCAAUAUAUAUGGAGCCGGAUGUAACGAAGUCUGAGUUGGCCGGAAAUGCGGGUUCCGAAUCAGAAAGACAAAUCAGCCGUAUUGUGCAGUGUGUAUGGUCGAUUGCGCGCUUCUGCAGGUCACAUGCGAGGUUGUGUGAUUGGCUGUGCAGCACAGCCAAUCGCACGACCUUGCAUGCAAUGCAGUGAAUAUUAAUGAGGGGCGGAGCAGUGAUCGUUCUGUCACUCAUUAAUAUCUACCUAGUGUGUACUGGCAAAGGGUAAUCGCCCUGCCCAUCGGCACAAUUGCUGGUCGCACUAAUGUAUACCUAACUUUAAACUUUAGUGUGACUUGUCCACGGACAGAAUGUAGACUCCAGAAUGUAGACUCCAGGGGGUAAAUUUACUAAGAUGGGAGUUCUAUUUAAGAUGGGAUGUUGCCUAUAGCAACCAAUCAUAUUCUACUUAUUUAUUUAUUAACAGUUUCUUAUAUAGCGCAGCAUAUUCCGUUGCGCUUUACAAUUAGAACAACAGUAAUAGAACAAAACUGGGUAAAAACAGACAGACAUAGAGGUAGGAAGGCCCUGCUCGCAAGCUUACAAUUCUACUUCUCAUUUAUCUAGCACCUUCUAGAAGAUAAUACCUGGAAUCUGAUUAGUUGCUAUGGGCAACAUCCCAUCUUAAAUAGAACUACCAUCUUAGUAAAUUUACCCCCAGAAUGUCAGCAGGGGCUCCACGUGUCAACAUGUUGAAAAUGUUGACGUGCAUAAUGUCUUAAAGUCACAAUAUCUUAAAGUCAAUGUAUUCAAAUGUUGACACCCUAACCCUGACAUGCCUCUUGGCAACCUAUAAUUUUAUAUAUAUAUAUAUAAUAUAUAAAUGUGAUUACUUAUCCGCCAGGAGACAUAAGGAAGUAAAGACACUAAUUUUCACAGCCUAUUAAUGGGAUCAGGAGCCUGCGGGGUUCCCUUCUAAAACAAACCUACACGGACCUUUGAAUUUAUAUGAUUUAGACGUCCGUUGCUGGAAAAAUCAAUGUAUUGGGUAAUAUUUGUAUGCCUGACAACAUGAUGUGUAAAUGCUGUUUGUGCUGUAGCUGAGAGCUGUCUGAGAAUACUGACUGUCGCAGCCCUGUAUGGCAGUACAUUGGCCGAUGCAUGAUAAAGUGAAUGUGUUACAGCAGCAGCUGCUACGUAAUGAUUAGCUGUGCGUCGGGGACGGCAGGCUCUGCUCUUACCAGCAAUGUACAGUCUAAGCUUCUCCUUCCAGGUAUGAGAACCUUGCACCGGGCAAUGUCACAGUCCCAGCUCUGUGUGAUGCUACAUAUCAGUCAGGUGCAGAGGUGUCUGCAGGAGGCGAUGUUCCCUAGCAAACUGCGCAUAGGUUUUGGUUUUACCAUUAACUCAACAGAUUAGCUAGCUUUCCAAUUUAAAGGAACAGUCAUGUAAAUACGGAGAGUGUAGACUUGCAUUGAUUAUAGGUUUCUUCGUUAAGUCUUAAAGGAGAAGCGUUUGUAUUUUUGUAGAAAGCAAAAACAUUCUUCCUCAUCAACAUUCGGACGUAUCAAAUGUGUCUGCUUAACACACAUUCGUUACAGAGAUAUGCAAUUGGGGAGUUCUGUCUGUUGGUAAUUAAUGUAACUGCUGAGAGCUAGUCCCGGCUUGGACAGAUUGUAUUCCCCUGAUCUUUGUAUUUACAGUCAAUAGAUACAGAUUAAUGACACUGGCUGGAGACUGAGAGCAGGAUAUUGAUGAGUAGAGACCACGUGCACAGAUUCUCUCCUUGCAUUGAGACCAUCCAUGCUGCCUACAUUACUGUAAUUAAACACAUCCAUUUAAUACCCAGAAACCUUGAUAAAUCCUCAUCCUGGUUAACUCCAUAUAUAAAAUACUAUUAGAAGACCAGAAAAUUCAGCAGUUAUUCGGCUUGUUUAGUACACUCUGUAAGAUUGCGUUGGACAAAUGAUGUAGUUAGAAGUCCAUAGCAUUGUGAUUAGGGGGCAGAUGUAUUAACCUGGAGAAGGCAUAAGGAAGUGAUAAACCAGUGACAAAUGCAAGGUGAUAAACGCACCAACCAAUCACCUCCAAUAUGUAAAUUAACAGUUAAGAGCUGAUUGGCUGGUGCGUUAUCACCUUACACUUAUCACUGCUUUAUCACUUCCUAAUGCCUUCUCCAGGUUAAUACAUCUGCCGCAGUGUCUGCUACAUGAUCACUAUACCUGAGGUUUACCCUGUAAGAUUUUAAUUAACACACAAGAAAUAUGCUUAACUUUUAUCAGUUGUCUCCCAUGAUAUAUACUUACUAUACUAUAGUCUUGAUUUGCUGAAGAGGUACCGUCCCCUGUACGCAGUGAGAGCAGCACUGUGUGGGCUGAACUAACACGCAGCCUCUUUUGUGGACCAAAAUGCUCCUAGUGUGAUAUCACUAAUUUCUAAUGAGUUGUUAGUUGAAGACUGCACUUACAUCUAGGCUUCCACUGUAAGAGGGCCUACACACUGGGUGAUGUCUUGAAAGAUUGUUCAUAAAUGAACGAUAAAUCGUUCCUAUCUUUCAGUGUGGAUGCAUCAACGGUGAACGAUGCGCGUGCCCGCAAUCGUUGAUCGAUCAUCGUUGAUACAUGCCAGUCAAUUUGGCCGAUAUUGAUGUAUGCACUCUCGUAUCGUUCAAAUUGACCAUCGAUGUCGUCCAGUGUGUAUGUUAAAAUCGACCAUUGAUAAUAUCGUUGGUCGAAAACAUCGCCCUUAACACUUUGAAGCUGACACUUGGUCGUGGUGAAUGACAUUGCUUGCACUUGGUACAAAAGUAAUUAUUUAUGGCUGCAGAAUACCCAUAGCUACUAACAGACUGACCCGCAGUGACCUGUAAGUAACUCACCUGUGUUUAAGUGGAACCUGUCCUUUAUCCCUGAUUUUGGCCGUCAGGAUCCCGCUGUCAUCCCGCAAUCCCUCUCUGUGAUCUGUCGCUGAUCCCUUGAGUAGCCUGUAGCCUCGGUGAAGUCUUGUACCUGCAUUUGCUUAGUAAAGAAAGGACUAAGAAACAUGUAAUAUUUAUGUGAGUGCCAUAAAUGAAAUGGAUUGUGCAUGUAUUAGUAUGAGAGCAUUCAAUACAUACUAUUACAUUAUAUGGAUUUAUUGAUGGAUAUUUAGAUUCUAGAAUCUCUGCUUUCUAGUCUAGUUUAGAAAAUGAAAACCUCUCUUCCUGUGGACAUACUGUAUUGUCCUACAUGUCCCUGAUUUUCAUGUACUGCUGGAUAGAAUUGUGAACGCGCCGCAUGGUUACUGCUUUAAAUCAGUACAAUAACACUUUUGUAUGUGCAUUAAAGGCUAUGCUUUUGUAGGCAGCUUACUUUACUGGCAUGGUUAUUUCAUCCAGCCGAGCCCCCCCGCUGAUUACAAACACCGCGACAAUUGAUCGCAGAGGUUUGGAUAAUAACCACAGUAACGCUUAUGGCGAUGCAGCCUUUCCUUUCCCAUUAUGUGAGAAAAUCAGGAUUUUUAUAAUGGCGUCCUCUGUUUAUAGAUAUGUAAUGUGUUUACAGGUAAUUGGGCAAGUUUACCCGAAGUAUAAAGCUUUUCCGACACUUGUGUAGAAAUCAUUUUGUUCUUUCCGCAGUGUUUAAAGAAAUGACUGUAGAGAAACUUACGUAACUUGUAUAUGUUCAGAAGCUAGAGCUAAGGGGGGUCAUUCCGAGUUGAUCGCUCGCUAACAACUUUUUGCAGCGCUGCGAUCAGGUAGUCGCCGCCUACGGGGGAGUGUAUUUUCGCUUUGCAAGUGUGAGAACGCUUUUGCAGCCGACGGCACAAAAAAGUUUCUUGCAGUUUCUGAGUAGGUCUGGACUUACUCAGCCGCUGCGAUCACAUCAGCCUGUCCGGUCCUGGAAUUGACGUCAAGACACCCGCCCUGCAAACGCUUGGACACUCCUGCAUUUUUCCAACCACUCCCUGAAAACGGUCAGUUGCCACCCACAAACGCCCUCUUUAUGUCAAUCACCUUGCGAUCGGCUGUGCGAAUGGAUUUUUCGUUAAAUCCAUCGCCCAACACCGAUCCUCUUUGUACCCGUACGACGUGCAUGCGCAGUUUUGCCAAGAUUUAACCUGAUCGCAGCGCUGCAAAAAGUUGCUAGCGAGCGACCAACUCUGAAUAACCCCCAAUGUCUCUGACAGUAUACCCUUUGAACAGAAGGCUUGCAAUCCUGCGUUGCACAUAUCCUAUAUAAUUAGAGGUACAGUUUUAUGAUGUCAGGGGUGAAUAAAAUAUAUAUGUUGUGGUCUUUAGUAAUAUAUUUGCCAUCAUGUUUGAGAAGCCAUGAUAAUUAUCGCUGAUAACUGCAGAGAAGCCGAUUUGCUUCAUAACUUUUAUCUGGAUUUAAUAAAGAUUGCCUUCAGUUUAUGGCUGUCUUCAGGUUCGCUUAGUGUUAGUCCGUGGCAUAAUUCCUUUGAUAAAAUAAAAUACUGCAGGCGUCAGAGCUGCUGCUGAGUUUAUGAAAAAGGAUUAUUGUCUGCAAACCGUAUGCAUGACCUUUACGAGUAUUAUUUUAAAGCGUCCAGACAAUGGAGGCAGCCAUUGUGUUUGUUCAAACCGUAUUUACAGAUAUGUAGCCUAUGUAUUCACUAGGAGCUAGUGAUGUCGCCGAGCCAAUCUAUGAUGUCACUAGUUCCUAGUUUAUUGGCGAGCGGAGUUCUCUAGUCCCUGUUUAAACAAGACAAUGUUCUAGAAUAUGUACUCAACCUACAGACUCAUUGGAUAGAAUGUAAUGAAGUCCUAGUUCGGCGGCCGUGUGGGAUGCUGGCCCGAAUUUGGAAUAAGGCAUAGUUUAGUCCUGCACAUGAUUGCCCCUUUAAAAAAGUCAGAGUUCGGCCAGCAUCCCGCACGGCCGCCAAACUCAGACUUCGUUAUCUCCCGGCCACUAUCUCCACAGUCUGCCAUAGGCAACGGGUGAUGUUGAAAGAUGGCGUUAGGUAUCAUUGCCAAGCUCCAUAUAGUCCUUUUUAUCGCUUAAUACUUGUCAUCUUUCGCAGUCCCAAUCUUACGAUCAGUAAAGAGGGACUGCAGCAGAUAUCUGUGGUAUUCUCUUUAUACAUAGCCCCGAUAAUGCGCCAAUCCUCCGAAUACCGCUGGACUGACUGCAGAACUAGUUUAAUACAUCGGCUGUUUACUGCUAUACAUCUUUACAUCUGUACAUUGGCUCUCAUUCCGAGUUGAUCGCUCGCUAGCUGCUUUUAGCAGCAGUGCAAACGCUAAGCCGCCGCCCUCUGGGAGUGUAUCUUGGCUUAGCAGAAUUGCGAACGAAAGAUUAGCAGAACUGCUCGAAAAAUAUUUUCAUGCCGUUUCUGAGUAGCUCCAAAUCUACUCCUUCGUUGUGAUCACUGCAGACAGUUUAGUUCCUGCUUUGACGCCACAUACACGCCCUGCGUUCGGCCAGCCACUCCCCCGUUUCCCCAGGCACGCCUGUGUUUUUACCUGACACGCCUGCGUUUUUUAGCACACUCCCGGAAAAUGCUCAGUUACCACCCAGAAACACCCACUUCCUGUCAAUCACUCAACGAUCAGCAGAGCGACUGAAGAGCGUCGCACGACCUUGUGUAAAACAGUAUAGUUUUGUGUGAAAGUACUUUGCGCGUGCGUACUGUGGCCCGUACGCAUGCUCAGAAAUGCCGAUUUUUAGCCUGAUCGCUACGCUGCGAACAACGGCAGCUUGCGAUCAACUCAGAAUGACCCCCAUUGUUUUUACAUUUUUUGGAUACAGGAGUAAAGAUACUGGGUAUGGCUGUUUGUUUUUUGUGAUGAACGCAGACAGUAAUACAUUUUAUGCUGUAAACUAGUGCAUAAUUUUUCCAAUUACAGAAUUUUAUACAUUACAUUAACUCUGUUGCAAGAUGGUCACCAGUGUCCUCUGUUAAAGUGCAGCAGUUGUCUGCACGUUGUGGAAGCAGCCAUUUUGUAGGCUGAACCAAUUGUCAUGAAGAUAAAAACUCCCAUGUUCACUAGGGACCAGUGAUGUCACUGAGGUACUUCAAUAUUCGUGAUGCACUGGUUCCUAGUAAAAGUAAUGGCUGCAUUCUCAAGUUCACAAAUAGCUGCCAGUGGCAGAAACACAUUUUAAUAGGAUCAUUUACACUUUAGCAUCUCCACAGGUGACGUCUCUUCUUUACAAAUAAUGACAUCAGCAAUAUGACAUAGUGCUGAGUUUACAAUGGUACGUAUACUGACUGACAAUCACUAGUUGAACAACUGCUAUUGGCUGUGAGACAACCAUGCCCAUAAUACACAUUUUUUAGUGUCCCAGGCAUGAUUUGGUGGGCUGGUUGGCUCAGGAGAACAUACAGUAUGCUGCUGGGACUACCAUAGCUACAGUUUGCUUUCAGCCGUGGUGGGAAAGGUCACAAAACAUGAACUUGAAUAGCUGCCACUAAUGCCUUCUCUGAGUUUAUAUGCAACUAGAACAAAGCCUUCAAGCUUCUUGAAUAGAAAAACAGUGGAUUCGUCCAUUGUGUUGUUAUCGAAAGCAGAAUUGUGUUCGUAUCUAGCCAUAAAAGUGCAAGAUUAGAACUUGUUGUGCUCAUUACCUACAGUACACAGUGAUGGCAGCCAUUUUGUUGAGUAUAAAUGCACUAGGAACUGGGGACAUCAAGGCUGCCUAAAUGAUUGCCCUACUUCCUAGUGAACUGAUACACUGAAUUAUUUAAAUUAUGUCACUAGUUAUUAGUAAAUUGGUAUGCUUAAUGUUUAUAAGCUCACAAAAUGGCUGACCAUUGUGAGACGCUGGCAACCAAUAUUAUUUGUAUGAAAUAAUGUACAUGUUUCUUUAGAAUAAUCCUGACCAAUUGUAUGUAAAUAUUCGAUGCUGUAAAUAUUUUAUACAUUUCUGCUGUUUAUCUUCUUAACCCUGUAUAAACUGGAAUGAUAUGGAUUGUUGCACUUAGAGCUUCAGUACAAACUAAUAAAACUCUUGGAUCAA